CCUCAACUCUCAAAUGUUCCGCCUACCUCAUUGUCUAUAAACGAAUCUAGCAUUUGCGUACCUACUUCCCGACAACGAAAACCAAGUUCAAAAAAAAAGAAAAAAACGAUCAAGACAGAUUCUGUUCAUCCCGCUUUUAAACAUGCUGGUGACUCUUCUGAAGUUUCUCAACAUUCUACAGAUGAUGAUCCUAAUGAAGUAAAUCAAUCGCAGACCUCAGAUUCUGAAGUCCUUGAGGUGGAGCGAAAGGUAAUUGGCCUGGUUCCUGUCCCGACGAUCAUUAAUGAUGCAGAUUUGGAGUUAAAGCGGCAAAGCCUCUUAAUCCGUGGUGCAUCAGAGAGUUCUGACAAUGAUCAGUAUCCCCCGCGUUCAAUUUUAAAAAAUAAAAAUGAAAUUGCGCCCAUAGCACCAAAUAAUUCGAAUAUCGUCUUCGAACACAUUCUUAAACCCAAAGAUGAGGUUGAAGUAGCCCACUCUCGCCGACGUUCUAGCACACUCAAGGUGGUCGAUGUAUUUUCUGAAACGAUUAAUCAAGAGGACCAAAAUUGCAUUGAGCCUGUCAGCAUUAAAGUUGAUGAAUGCUUUGCAAAUCAGAAGCAUAAACGUUCUAAGAAGAAAUCAAAAAGGAUUCAGUCUCAUGAAAAGGAUGUCAAAUAUUCUGACGAACCUUUUAUAUACUGCUCAAAUAACUCACAUGCUACCGGAGAAAAUGGUAAUAUGGAGGCUAUUGAUGUGCUUGUGCCCGAGCCAAACGUUUCCGGAUCCAGUUGUCAAGAGCCAGAAUGUCAGAUCGAACGUGUCCAUUAUGACGAAGCUGAUGUUUUGGCCAUAAAAUCCAGCCUUGAACGAAGUGAAAGAUGUCUUAUGGAAACCGCCUCUGAGUUGGAUCGCACGCAACAUCAGCUCGAUACCGCCUUGUCCGAGGCUAACGAAUUUCGAUCAAAGGAGGAGAAGGCCUCACAUGGUGCUCAAAUCUUGCAGCAAGAGUUUACCGACCUUAUGCGACGCUUUAAAACUCUAGAAAGAGAGAAGAUUGCUCUCGAUGUCAAAUUCAAACUGUUACACCACUUCUAA